AUGCCAGCUCAAAUGAGCAUACUGAUGGUCCACCACGCCUCCGCCUCGUUAAUAAUCUCAAUCUCAUGUCUUGCUCUUGUUGCUGCACUAUCACUUCCAGCGCUAUACCAGUAUCUGGAACGAGUUCGGGCAAGGAAAGAUCAGUAUUCUGAAUUGGCAGAUCUCUACGAAGACGAAGAUGGAAAAGCUACCGAGGAGAGUCAAGAAGCUUAUUCGGAUUUCGUUCCACGGCUAGUUCUGCUCUCGACGUCAGCAGUGGCCAGUAUUGAUGCUCUGAUUGCGGCUAUCCUCAUAUCGCGCCAGCAACAUCAUUCUCUUGCGAUCGAACAGUGGCUUCAGUUUGCUACAUGGCUGCUUCUCGUCUUUCAAGUCAUUUCAAUCUUCACCACGCCCUCUUCUGUGAAGAGAUACGACCUAGGAAUCUGGUCUGGUAUAUCGUCAUUACUUCUUUCCCUUGCUUUGGCCUUUGAAAAUAUCUCCUUGUGGCAAUCCAGCGUAACUCCUCUCCCCCGAAGCACCCAUCUUGCACUUUCACUGAUCCAAUUUAUCUCUGGGAUAAUUCUCUUAUUUGCAAGCUUCUUGAUCCCACGCCGCCCAGACGUCUACUGGAACGGCACUAUCGUGGACAGGCAAAAUACUACUACAGUACUCAGCAAAAUAACUUUCACUUGGCCAGGCGCUAUCUUGGCCAAGGCGGUCAAAAAUAAGGGCUUGAAACAUGAGGACCUUGCAGAAAUCGACCAUGUAACCCGUUCGCGAGAAUUACGACGUGAGUUUGAAGCUGUUGAGAAAAAAGAUAAGCUGUGGAAGACCCUCUUUUGGUCAAGAAAGGGCAUCUUCCUUCAGCAGUGGGGGCUUCAGAUAGCCACGUCCAUUACGCAAUUCUUACCCCAGAUCGCUCUUUACGCUAUCCUUCAAACUCUGGAGCGCCGGGACCAAGGGGAUAAUGUCUUGCUACGCUCAUGGCUGCUCGUUAUUGGUCUAGGAGCAGCCAACGUAUUCUCCACAUGGUUAGAGGCAAGAGCAUUUUUUAUCAUAUUUAUGCAACUUGGAGUUCCCAUUUUCGAGCAACUAUCGGCGGUCAUCUUUGGCAAAGCUAUCCGGAGAAAAGACGUCAAAGGAGCCGGGAAGAAAAGAGAAGAAGAUAGCGUCGCUGGCAAGGGCGUACUCCUUAAUGGCGAAAUCGUUGUUAAUGAGGAGGCUGGCCCAAAAGGCGAAUCCAGCGUGCCUGAGGAUGAAGCUGAUGCUGAAGAAGAUUUUCAGAAAUCGAAACAAAACACAAUCAAUCUGGUGGCAAUUGAUGCGAAACGGAUCGCAGAUUUCGCCACAUUCAACGAUAUCUUCAUUGGCUCAGCCGUUAAGAUGGCUUUCGCUCUUGGAUUUCUGAUAAAACUAAUCGGAAUUAUCCCGUUAUCAGCAGGUCUGGUGGCCUUCGCUGUGAUCACUCCAUUAAACAUUGUCACCGCAAAACGUUAUGGAGAUGCACAGGAUGAUCUCAUGAAAUAUCGUGAUCAGAAGAUGGCUGUUGUGACCGAGGCACUUCAGGGUAUACGUCAAAUCAAAUUUAGUGCUCUAGAGCGCAACUGGUACGAGAAAAUCUUACAGUCACGAAAAAAGGAGUUGGAUACACAAUGGAAGGUUUACACAUCCGAGGUUGUCUUGAUCAGCAUCUGGAUUUUUGGGCCGGUGGCCUUGUCCGCUGUUUCAUUGGCUGUCUAUGCCUCUAUCCAUAAGGAACUAUCGGCGUCCGUCGCUUUCACAACGAUCUCGGUGUUUGAGGCAAUCGAGAUGACCCUAGCAAUCAUACCUGAGAUGGUGACUGAUCUAUUGGAUGCCAUUAUUUCGGCAAAGCGAAUCCAAAAUUUCCUCGACGCUCCGGAGAGAGAAGUACAUAUUACUCCCGGCGAACUUAUUUCUUUCCAGAACACUACAAUAGCAUGGCCGACUGAUGACCCCGAGCAAGAAGAGACCCAGUUCAAGUUGAGAAACUUAAACAUUGAUUUCCCAAGGAAAGAAUUGACGGUGAUCUCAGGCCGAACCGGGAGUGGGAAGUCCCUUCUAUUGGCUUCGAUCAUCGGCGAGGCAGAGGUGCUUGAGGGAACCUUGACGGUUCCUAAAGCGCCAGUACCCGAGGACCGUUAUGAUUCGAAAGCCAAUAAGAGCAAUUGGCUUAUCGACUCAGCUGUGGCUUUUGUUUCUCAAAUUCCUUGGAUUGAAAAUGCGACAAUACGAGAUAACAUCCUAUUUGGUCUUCCACUUGAUAACGAUCGAUAUCAGAGUGUGCUUAAGGCGUGUGCGCUUACCAAGGACUUGGAAAUGCUUGAGAGCGGUGAGCUCACUGAUAUCGGGGCCAAUGGAAUCAAUCUCAGUGGUGGUCAAAAGUGGCGUGUGUCAUUUGCAAGAGCGUUAUACUCAAGAGCAGGAAUUUUGAUCCUUGACGACAUCUUUUCCGCUGUUGAUGCCCACGUUGGUCGACAAUUGUUUGAGGACGCAUUAACCGGAGAUCUCGGAAGGGGUCGUACAAGAGUUCUAGUGACCCAUCAUGUUGCUCUUUGUUUACCAAAGACAAAUUAUAGUGUCCUUCUCUUGGAUGGCACUGUUGAAGUGGCAGGCAGAACGGAAGAGCUGAGAAGAAACGGAAAACUGAAACUCAUUCUCGACCAGGACAGUGAAGAACAGCAAAAGCAUGAGGAAGAAGAAGCCGAAAAAGAAAAUGCACUCACUAUCGAUGAUGGCGGAGGACUACAAAGAAUCCUCACAAAUCAAUCUCGCCGAUCGAGAAGGAGAUCUGCUGCUAGUGAGAUAGGCGCCAGUUUGAACCGUCGCCGAUCCCAUGCAAAUUUUGAGGACCAAAAACAGAGAGACCCCCCGAAGAAAUUCAACGAAGAAGAGAAACGCGAGACAGGUGCAGUCAAAUACAACGUUUACGAUGCCUACCUUAGAGCGGCAGGUGGAUACGGGUAUUGGCUUUUCAUCCUGAGCAUAUUCGUCAUGUGGAUUGGUGUCUAUCUCGGUCGAACUUACUGGAUCAGCAUUUGGACCAGAUCGUACCGCACAGAAUCCGUGUUCACUAGUCGACUCGUGCAACAGUCCUUGGGUUCUCUUAAAAACGCAGCAUCAAGACUCAAAGCGACCGAGAUGGAUGACAACCUGAAAUACUAUCUGGGCAUUUAUCUUGCGAUAUCCCUUGCGGCAUGGCUUAUCGGGACAGUAAGAUACUUCCUUGUGUUCGUAGCUGCCAUUCGAGCCUCAAAGGUUCUUUUCAAGGAGCUGGCCUGGACUAUUCUUCGAGCCCCACUCCGAUGGCUCGACACUGUACCGUUGGGACGCAUUCUGAAUCGCUUUACUGCCGACUUCAACAUGGUGGACUCUCGCAUCUCAUACGACAUGGCUUCCACACUACACAAUGGUAUGCACGUUCUUUCCGUCCUCAUUGCAGGUCUUGUCAUCUCAGGGUACAUGGUGAUUCCUGUCCUGGCAUUCAUCCUCGUAUGUGCAUACUAUGCUCGCUGGUACCUAGCAGGUGCGAGGGAGGUGAAACGACUGGAAAGCAACGCCAAGUCACCAGUUUUUGAGCAAUUCGGUUCCGUACUAAUGGGCAUCGGCACAAUUCGAGCUUUCGAUAAGUCUCAAACCUAUCUCGAUCGGAUGUAUCAGAAGAUCGACACUCACUGCCGUGCGUACUGGCACCUCUGGCUAUUCAACCGAUGGAUGGGAUGGCGUCUGAAUAUGGUGGGGGCUGUUUUCGUUACCAUAACUGCUGCAUUAAUCGUGAGUAUCAGGCAUAUUGAUGCCUCUUUGGCCGGUUUUGCUCUUAGCUUUGCGCUUGGUAUGUCAGAGGGUGUCAUCUGGGUCGUUCGAUCAUAUUCCAAUGUGGAGCUUGCCAUGAACGCCACAGAACGAGUUGUGGAGUACAAAAACAUCGCGAUUGAAGACCAAACAGGCCACGAUGCACCGGCAGCUUGGCCCACGGAAGGCAGGUUGGAAGUGGAGGACCUCGUCGUCUCAUAUGCACCAGAUCUUCCUCCUGUGCUCAAAGGCUUGACCUUCGGCGUCGCACGAAAUCAACGGGUGGGCGUGGUAGGGAGAACCGGAGCCGGAAAGAGCAGCUUAACAUUGGCGCUCUUUCGAUUCCUCGAGGCCCGCUCAGGAAGUAUCUUGGUGGAUGGAGUGGAUAUCUCGAAGAUCAAGCUCUACGAUCUUCGAUCAAGACUGGCCAUCAUCCCUCAAGACCCCGUGCUGUUCUCCGGGACCGUUCGAAGCAAUCUCGACGCCUUUGACCAACACGCCGACGCCGAGCUGCAAGAAGCCCUGGCGCGGGUCCAUCUCGUCUCCUCCUCGACAACCACAACAUCCGUCCAAGCAAGCGGCAGCGCAACACCCACCGCCCCAUCUGGGAACGAAACCCCACAGGGAAGCACGAACAACACCAACACCAAUGUCUUCAAAUCCCUGAAUUCCCGCAUCUCGGAAGGCGGGCUGAACCUCUCGCAGGGGCAACGCCAACUGCUGUGCUUGGCGCGCGCCAUCGUCUCGCGCCCGAAGAUCAUGGUCCUCGACGAAGCGACCUCGGCCGUGGACAUGGAGACCGACGCCCUGAUCCAGCGCUCGAUCCGCGAAGAGUUCACCGACUCGACGUUGCUGGUCAUCGCGCACAGACUGACCACCAUUGCGGAUUUCGAUCGCAUUCUCGUGCUGGGCGAGGGCAAGGUCGUCGAGUUCGACACCCCGGCGAAUCUGAUGGCCUUGAAGGAUGGUGUUUUCCGUGACAUGGUCGAGAAGAGCGGUGAGCGUGCAGAGCUGGAGAGGAUUAUUGCUGCGUGA